CCGCGGAGGGGGAAGAGAGUCCUCAUUUGAGCUUUGUCUGUAACAUCACCGAGCUCUUUAGGACAUAUUUCGGUAAUAUAGCUAACGCGCGAGGCGGUUACAUUUGAUAACGUUGGCCUAUUAUUAUUAUUAUCAUUAUUAUAUUUAAGUAUAACCUAACACCGAUAUAUAUAGCCUAUAUUGAAAAAUGCUCCAGUCUCUAGCCAGUAAUUCGUGUGUGCGGUUGAUACAAAGUCACAAAUCGACGUGGUAUUUUGUAUCUCUAGUCUUCGGCUAUCUUCUUUAUCUCAUAUUCGGCGCUGUUGUGUUUUCCUCGGUUGAGCUGCCUUAUGAAGACCUCCUGCGCCAGGAGCUGAGGGCCAUUAAAAAACAGUUCCUCCAGGAAAAUGAAUGUCUAUCGGAGGAGCGUCUGGAGCGGUUUCUAAAGAAAGCCCUGGAUGCCAGUAAUUAUGGGGUUUCGAUCCUCAAUAACGCCUCAGCUAACUGGAACUGGGACUUCACCUCGGCGCUGUUUUUUGCGAGCACUGUGCUGUCCACUACAGGAUAUGGCCACACAGCACCACUAUCAGAUGGCGGGAAGGCCUUCUGCAUUAUUUACUCAGUCAUUGGUAUCCCCUUCACCCUCCUCUUCCUGACAGCUGUGGUGCAAAGGAUCAUGGUGUUUAGCACACGCAGGCCGAUCAUGUACAUCCACAGGCGCUGGGGCCUGUCCAAGCCGCUGGUGGCCAUCGUUCAUGCAACUCUGCUCGCCCUGUUGGCCGUCUCUUGCUUCUUCCUCAUCCCUGCAGCCAUCUUCUCGGCACUGGAGGACAACUGGAACUUCCUGGAGUCCUUCUACUUCUGCUUUAUUUCCCUCAGCACCAUUGGCCUUGGUGACUACGUACCUGGAGAGGCAGCUAAUCAGAGAUUCAGGGAGCUCUACAAAGUGGGCAUCACUGUCUACCUGAUCCUGGGUCUGAUAGUCAUGCUGGUGGUGCUGGAGACUUUCUGCGAGCUGCAGCAGCUGAAGCAGCUGAGGAAGAUGUUCUACCUGAAGAAGGAGAAGCCGCAGGACCGCCUCGCCAUUUUGGAGCACGACCACCUGUCCUUCACGACCGUGUCCAACAGAGCUACGGCUUACACCGAGGGCAAAACCCAGAUGUUUGUCAGUGUCCCAACCCUGGCCUCUCCCAAUGACGAUCCCAUGAUCCAGUAAACAUCAACAGAGCAAACGUCCAUUGAAGGAUGAAAAUAUGAAAGAAGUGGGUAAUGCACGCCGGAAUAUACAUAAAUAGAAUGAGUAGAUCAUAAGUCACUCUGCAAAGCUCAGCCCUGCAAAUUUUAGUAUUAAAGCUAAUUGAGACUACUCAAAUUAAGCAAUCAACGUUAUCAAACCCCAGUACUGACAUUAAUGUGCUCUGCAGGAGUGAUUCAAUUUAUGCACAUUAAUAGGGGAGAAAAUUAAUAUUUUAACAGGGACUAUAAAGUCUGUGAUAAAAGAAAAGCCUUCUGCUGUAUUUAUGACUCACCGGAGAUGCGGUUCCUUUAUGGCCCGUAAUAUUUAUUGCAUAUUUAAGAACAUUUUAGAAAGUAAUUGGUCUCUUAAAACUAGUUGAAAUUUAGGACAAUUCUCUGUAGUCUGUCACAAAUAGUACAUAGACAUGUAUGUAACUUCUUAAUAGAAAUGCUUGACAGGUAUGUGGAAUGUACAUAUCAGGUAAAUGUUUUAAGAUGUACAGUAUAGCGCCGUAUAGAAUGAACACACCCUUUUAAGAUGAGCCAAAGUGUUGCAAAAACAAAAGACAGAUGGAGCUUUGACAGGAAAAUGUCUUAUGUAUGACAUCUUUUCUGGAAGUUCUUGUUGCAAACUGUUUAAAGUUUUUUGGUGGGAAAGUUCUGAAAUGGUUUAUUGGAUUCUUUUCAAUUGGUUUGGCUCCUAUUGAUUCUGAAGGUUCAUCGGCCUGUUUUCCCAUUGCAAAAUGUGUCACAUGGUUGACUGAAAAAGAGCCUGCAGUUGCCCUGGAACAAAGCAUCUAAAAGAAUAAACUAAACGAACAAUAAGUGGUGAAAGCUGAGAAGAAAAUCCUCUAAAAGUAUGACAUUUUUUGAAUAUGAAAUCUGCAAAACAACAGGCUUUGUUUAAAAAGGCUGCCAAAUAGAAACUAUUUACUCUGCAUUUAAGAACAUGGUUUUGCAGCUUUUUUGGCUCUUCUUUAUCAAGGUGUUGACCAUUCUUUUAUGACUUCACGGUGUCACACAUUUCAUUGCAAGGGAUAGUAUUUGUCUGCAGAUAUGUGUAUUUUCUCAACAUGUUGCAGUGCUAUUUCAAAGUUGUCUUUGUGUGAUGAAACGUAUUAUAAUUUAUUGAUUUGUCUGAAUGGCUUAAUGUGUGCUGGACUGUUUGAAAAAGGGAAGUAGAGGAUAGCCUAUCUUAAAAAGGGGACCACAGAUUGCUGGGUGGCACGCUGCAUUUUACUUUCAAUAAAAGAGCUCAGUUUGCACAUGUACUGGAGCCAGGCAGUAGUACAGAAAAAUUAACCGUUUGGGAUUACUUGGAAAGAAAAGGAACAUAGUUCCAAAGAUUUCAUCUGUAAAAGCAGGAUAUAUUUUUAAUGGAAAAGUAAUGGUACUUUUGAUCUGGGUGAUCUGUAAAAUCCUGAUGAAGAGCAAGAUGUCAAACUAUUUUACUGUAUUUAAAUGAUUUGAAUGUUGAGAUGUAUAUUUUUGACACAGGGAAGGUUUACAACAUUUUGGUAGCAAUUAAUGAAGGUAAUUCUGUACUGGAAAUGGUGCAUUAGGGAAACUUGAAACUGUAAACUCAAGCAGAAGGAGUGCAGCUAAAACAUCCCAGUUCUGAUCAUCUACCACGUCAGUUUUUGCACUCCUUUGUGUACUUUGUAAUUGUAUUUAUACCUGGAGGAAAAAUGCUGUAAAAGAAGUACUUAAUUUCAUGCAAUUAUCUGUCUAUAAUAUUCAGUUUGGCACAAAUAGACUUUUUCAUGUAUACUUUUGUAUUACAUCUAAUAGAAAGAUGUGCUUUCUUAUGAAUCUUAACUGUCUCAGUCUCUGUGCGGAGCUGAAGUUCUGACCUCAUCUUUCCCUACUACAUUGCCACAUCAAGUCAACGUCGCAGCCUUUUAUGAAGUCUUGAAUGUAAUGUCUUUUUUAUGCCGUUUGCUACAGUGAAAUUCAAGGCCUGACCAGAGUGCUGGCUAUGUUAGUUUGUUAGUGAUGACAAGUUAUUUUGAAAGGGUGAGUACAGGUGAGCUAUGGCCAGGUGUCAUGACCGCUUGCAAAAUUAGCUUUGAGUGUCAUCUGAGUUACUCACUGAUCUUUAAUAUUGUAUUUUAUAGAUCAGUGAGAUCGUGGUAGUUUUUGUUUCCACCAGUCUGGGCCUUCGUGUAAACUGUGAAGCAUUUAAACUGUCCAUGUCUGCUGAGAAAAAGGAGAACUUGAAUUUUGCCAAGCUUGGGUUUCUCUUUUACUGUGAGAUGUUUCACCGUUUUGUAGAUUUGAUAGAUCAAUGUCGAGGCUUUUACCCUUCAGCAUUAACUGUUUGGACAGUGUUUGUCAUGCACAUACAAUUUGCCUUGAGGGUGAGAGGUGUCAGGUAAUGUAGUUCUUUCAGACAGUUUAUGUUGUUUCAAGGAUUACAAACGGAAGCACACUGACAUUAUUCAUUUAUGCUGACAAACGUUUGGAACAUUUGGGUAUCACAGAUUUCUGUACAUAUGUUUUCAGUUGAUGUGCAUACUGUAGAUUAAUGAGUAUUUUAGUGUUACAAUACCAAUAUUGUAAUACAGGUCUGCCAUGGAGCAAAAAGGUUUCUGUAAAAUUCAUUUUAGCAGAAGAAGUGAAUCCAUGAACUGUACAAUAUCAACGUGUCUUAAAUAAAGUGUUGCUUUAUUGUUACAUAA